AUGAGUAAAAGUAUCGACGGCCGGGCGAACAGUGUGACAGGGCAACUGUCUUUCGAAGAACCAGAGGGGUUGGGUGCUUCGCCUGGUGAGCCAGGCAGCAGGGCUUCGAGUCGGGGGAGGAGGGCGGAGCGUUGGGUCUGUCACCAUUAUCUAGCGGAAUCUCCAAUAGUUUUGUUCGAUCGUCUACCAUCCCCAGCGCUUUCAACACAAAGGUCCCCCCAUCCAACGCCCUCCUCAGGUCAGCGCGUGGCACGGGGGAAAUUGCCAGCAGGCUUGCUGGCGUCACAGGAGAAGAAAGCACAGGAAGCAGUUGCAGAGAGUAGCCGGAGGUCAGAAGUUGUCUUUGAACCUCUUAGUUAUCCGCGCCUACAGCCAGGCCUGGACGCAUACGCCCAAUUGGCAUCACUAUCACGGCGGCGGCUGUUUACGGAGCUGUUUGCCGCACGCUCUGUGUUAUGGCCUUUACACUCCUCCUCUCCAAACCCGGAGUCGGGUGUACCAGAAGGUGGCGGUGAAGGUAUAGAAGAUGUAGACUAG